AUGUGGUCUCUCAUCUCUCUGAUGACAUAAAUUGGACUCAAAUCUAAUUUAAUUGAUAAUUGAAUUAGUCUUUUGGGUGACAUUUCAGUUGAAUGGCAGCGCAUAAUACGAGAGACUCAUUGGCGGACGAAAUGUCGACGAGUACUCCGAUCGCGGAUCAGAUGAACGACAUCCCAUUGGCUGACGAGGACGCCACCGAAGAACUCAGCGAUGGUAUCGACUCGAGUCACACUCACAGCGACGAGAAGUUGUCUGAAUUGAGCGCCACUUCACAGCGCUAUCAACUCGACGGUCAGAGUAUUGAAUCCAUACCAUCAGUCUAUACCAAUGGCACCGACAGUCCCGGGGGUUUCCAUAACUCGUUGGAUCCGGACUUAAGUCCCGAUGAGAUGGAGGAGAAGGAGAGACUCAUCACUCAAGUGUUGGAACUCCAGAACACACUCGACGGUCAGUGCAGACGCCCUCCCGUCACCCCAUUAUCAACCAUUCAAACCAUGACUUCGUUUGAUUUCGCAGAUCUGUCACAACGCGUGGAUUCCGUGAAAGAGGAGAACCUGAAACUCAAGUCCGAGAACCAAGUGUUGGGCCAAUACAUCGAGAAUCUGAUGUCAGCCUCGAGUGUCUUUCAGUCCACUUCUCCCAAAUCCAAGAGGAAAUCCAUCAAAAAAUAAUUCUCUCGCAAAAGAUCCCAACAAAAUCAAAAGCAAACUAUAAUUUUAGGCAACAUUUACUCAAAGGCUUGAACUCAAUCACAACAUUAGAUUUGGUUAUCAAUUAAUUGUCGAUUAAUUGGUUCCUUAAGACAGAAAAAGUAAACAUAAUUUUCCAUUGAUUUCCACACUUCUAGUCAUGAAUUCAUUUGAUUUUAUUUACCAUUUAUUCUACAC